AUUUAAAUGAUAUUUCCAGUUUAGGGAAGUUCUUGGAAAAGGCGCUGUAAAAACAGUGUACAAGGCAUUUGAUGAAGUCCUUGGAAUGGAAGUGGCAUGGAAUCAGGUGAAGCUUAGCAAUGCCUUCCGUACACCAGAGGAACUGCAGCGGCUUUACUCUGAAGUCCAUCUCCUCAAGAAUCUCAACAGUGAUUCAAUCAUCCGAUUCUAUGCUUCUUGGAUUGACGUUGAAAGAAGGACAUUCAACUUCAUUACCGAGAUGUUCACCUCUGGCUCUCUUAGAGAUUAUAGACAGAAGUACCCGCGAGUUGAUAUUCGAGCAGUUAAGAACUGGGCACGCCAAAUCCUUCAGGGUCUAGCUUAUAUGCACGGCCAUGACCCUCCAGUGAUACAUAGAGACCUCAAGUGUGAUAAUAUCUUUGUCAAUGGGCAUCUUAGACAAGUCAAAAUUGGUGACCUUGGCUUGGCAGCAAUGCUUCGUGGUUCACAACAUGCACACAGUGUCAUAGGUACCCCGGAAUUUAUGGCACCAGAGUUGUAUGAAGAGAAUUACAAUGAGCUUGUAGACGUAUACGCGUUUGGCAUGUGUAUGCUAGAGAUGCUUACUGGUGAAUAUCCCUAUAGCGAGUGCUCCAACCCAGCCCAAAUAUACAAGAAAGUUACUUCGGGGAAAUUGCCAGAAGCAUUUUACCGAAUUCAAGAUAAAGAGGCUCAGCAUUUUGUGGGGAAGUGUUUGGAGAAUGUUUCAAAGAGGUUAUCAGCCAAUGACCUGUUGCUGGACCCCUUUCUACAGUGUGAUAAAGAGGGAUUGUUAGCCAUCUCACAACCCCUGUGUCAAAAGGCAGCACCUUUAGGAGCUGUAUUGGAGCAGCUGCCUCCAUUAGUUGUUGAUCCAACAAGAACCACAGAUAUGUCAGUCACAGGCACUAUAAAUUCAGAGGAUGAUACAAUUUUUCUCAAAGUACAGAUUUCAGACAAGAAUAAUGGUCAUACUAGAAACAUAUACUUCCCCUUUGACAUUCUGAAUGACACUGCAAUUGAUGUGGCAUUGGAGAUGGUAAAAGAAUUGGAGAUUAUUGACUGGGAACCAUUGGAGAUUGCUGAGAUGAUAGAGGAACAGAUAUCUUCUCUGGUUCCGACAUGGAAAGGAGGGAGCUCAUCCGAAGUUAAUAAUCCUCAACAUAGCUUUAAGUAUGGAGAUGAUGGUGAUGCUGGAAUCCACCAUCCUUUCUACUCAAACUCCUCCAAUUCUUCCUCUCAAGCUUCUUUGCCAGGUUUAGUACCUUCCUAUGGUUCCCAGCUUCGUGAUGGAAACAAUGUCAUUUCGGGUCACAACUGGCGUCAAGAAGAUCCUUUUAGCUAUGACAAUACAAGCUCUGCUAGCUCAUUGAACUCUUUCAAGUACUCUGGUACUGACUUCCACUCAGGUAAUGAAGAUGAUUAUGAUUUUAGUCUGGGGGAAUUAGGAGAAGCCCUAGGCAUGGCAGAGAUGCACAAGUCAACAAGGUUCUGCUCUGCAGCUACACCAAAUAAUAACCAAUGCAAUACACGGUUGGAUUCUUGGAGAGGUAAUUAUAGAGGGAUAAGUCAACAGCAGAAGCUAAACAGGACUCGGUCAUUUGUAGAUAUGCGGAGCCAGUUGUUGCACAAGUCACUGGUGGGGGAGAUAAACAAGAGGCGCUUGUUUAAAACCAUUGGAGCCGUUGAAAACAUUGGAUAUCAUCAGCUAAGUGGGUUCUCAGAAAAGUUUCUUUAGGUGUUUGUUCAUCCUCAUGCACGAGGAAGAUGAUGACGAUAAAUAAACAAAGCCAGGGGAAUUCAACAGUAAGGAAACCAUCCUACUGAUCUCCUAGGUUGAUGGUUGCUCUUUUGGUGUAUGUUUAUGAGAAAUUCAUGGAUGUUGAAAUGAAGAAUUCCUGGUUACUUGUAAUUAAUAUUUGAUGUGAGCCAAGGUAUUAUUCCUGAUUUUAAAAGCGGCAUUUGCAUAAA